CGGAGCCUGCUCCCCGGGGCAGCCUCCCCGGCAAUUUUCGAAAGAUCUCCAAGCCACUGAUGGAGAAAAAGCGACGGGCACGCAUCAAUGUGUCACUGGAGCAGCUGAAGUCGCUGCUGGAGAAACACUACUCGCACCAGAUCCGGAAGCGCAAGUUGGAGAAGGCCGACAUCCUGGAGUUGAGCGUGAAGUACAUGAGAAGCCUUCAGAACUCCUUGCAAGGGCUCUGGCCUGUGCCCAGCGGAGCCGAGCACCCGUCGGGCUUCCGCAGCUGCCUGCCCGGCGUGAGCCAGCUCCUUCGGCGCGGAGAUGAGGUCAGCGGCGGCCUGCUCUACCCCCUGGUGUCCGAGCGGGCCGCCGGCAGCACCAUGGACAGCGCCGGGCUGGGCCAGGAGGCGCCCGCGCUGUGCGGCCCCUGCACCCCCGCCGUCUGGGCUCCUGCUCCGGCCGCCAGCGGCCCGCGGUCCCCACCACCCCCGCUCCUCCUCCCCGGAGGUCUCCCCGGCUCGUCCGCCAGCGUUCCCCCGCCGCAGCCAGCGUCGAGUCGCUGCGCCGAGAGCCCUGGGCUGGGCCUGCGCGUGUGGCGGCCCUGGUGAAGCCCCGGGGAUGGCCUGAACUGAAGGCGCUCCCUAUUUGGUCUCGCGACACAGGGACUAUUUUCAGCACGCCCACAGUGACUGCCGGGACC